CCGUCACCCUUGGUCAUCAAUAGCGGCACGGCGGCGGCGGCGGUUCGUAAGACGGCGCGGGCAGUGGGGCUGACGAGGCGCGGCCUGAUGGAGGUUGUUUUGUUGCCACGGAGCAGGGCAGCCCAUGGCAGCGGUGCCUGGGAUGAAACAGUUUCAAUUGAGCUGAUGGUGAGAUGUGACGGGGAUGCCAGGAACAGAUUGCGCGCGCCGGAAGCGGAGAGGUGCAUGGCUCCGUUUCCAGCGCGACGGGCAUUGCGUGGGCGCUGUGUGAUCCCGCGCGCCUGGGCUUCCGAACCACCAUCUCGCAUGCCGCUGCAAGAUCGCCCUGGGUUUGACCCGCUCCCACGGCAGAGGGACGAAUCGAGCGUUGCACGCCCACGCCACGCCGCCUCGUGGGCUCUCUGGGCGCUGCCGCAAAGCGUGAAUCACAUCUACCAGAGAGCAGAACAGUGCCAUCUAGUUGCGCAAGGGCGGCGACGACGAAGAGGUAUAAGACGGCCGGCGACUGCGCGUCCUGGGCCCGCAAUCUAUCUCCCCAUCUCUUCUCAGCCCGCGCGGCCGGUUCCGAUUCCCGAGCCCAUGCUAGCCUGGGCCUUUGCAUUUUUCUUUGCCCCGGCUGAAAGCUCCCCACGAUCCCGCUCCACAGGCAUACCCCGGCGCUCCGAGCAAAAGGAACCGAUCGCCAGCCAUCGCCAAUCUGGCCGUGCAACGUGCCACGUCCUUGUGAAGAGAGACGUCAUUUGCGACGCCCGUCGCACAGCCCGAAGAACAAAGGCGUGCUUUGCAGUCAGAUGCCCAGAGGUAGAGGGCGAAGAAGAAAUACCAACGACAACAGUGCCUCGAGAGUUGCGGCUAGAUCGUCAUCCCGCCAGGGCACUUCGUCCUUAAAUACGGCCGGUGGCCACUUGAGACGUUCCAGCCGCAUUGCUGAACACUCCUCCACGGGACACGAUACAUCCAACACCGACGGGACGAUGGCUUAUGUUGCACGCCGAACUUCAACUAACGAGAAUAUCGGAACCCGGCCGGUAGAACAGAUAUCAAGGAGAAUUAUACUCGAAGGCGAGCAUGGCACACCGGCCGGAAUGCGCAUCUUGAAUACUCGGAUCCGGAGCCGUGUCGACGGAGAAGACAACUCCGGUUACACUAUGGACAUCAUCACUCACCCACCCACAAACGUGCGCCUCGGACAGCCGUUGCGGACCUCGGUUACGAUCAAACUG